AUGUUGAAGGAUAGAUCUGCAUUGAUGGGUGUUCUGCUUCCGUUCUUGCUACCUUUCGUCUCGCCAAAUGAGUUGUCUGGUAUUCAAGAGCAAACCCCUCCACUAACCGGCUACCCUCCAUGCGAUGCUUUGAUCUCUGCAGGUCUGGCUGAUAAUCUGCUUCUCGCAUCAUCCGAGAACUAUGAACCGCGGGUCCAUAGCUGGUUUGCUGCAAAUGCGCAGUAUCGACCCUGGUGCUUCUUCCAACCACAGUCAGCUCAGGGACUUUCUCUCGCCAUAAAGGCUCUGAACCGAGUGAGCUUUGCCGGAGAUUGGCAUAUCGCCGUGCGAAGUGGAGGGCAUGGGCCUCCAGGAAGCAGCAAUAUUGCGAACGGCGUCACUAUUGAUUUGGGCCUGAUGGACGGCUCGACGUACAACCCCAAUCGCAGUUUCGCUAGUGUGGAACCCGGUGGAAAGUGGAAGGAUGUCUACUACAAUCUUCUUCAGCAUCAUAAUGUGACAGUUACGGGUGGUCGGGAUGGAGGGGUUGGAGUAGGUGGCUUUCUUCUUGGCGGGGGAAAUUCUUAUUAUACUGGUCGUAAUGGCUUCGGCUGCGAUCAAGUCGUUGGUUAUCAAGUCGUGCUCGCGAACGGCACCAUUGUCGAAGCCAAUGCCGAAGAGAAUGCGGACCUCUGGAAAGCCUUAAAAGGAGGCGGUUUCAAUUUCGGCAUUGUCACCCGCUUUGACAUUCGGACGAUGCCCACCGUGGAGUUGGCAUACGCACAACAAAUUGUUUCCCUCAACCGAUCCGACAGAGUUGCUGAAGCAGUGGUCCGGUUCACAGAGAAUUCCAAGAACCGAACGGCCGAUUCGUUGAUUCCUCUUUAUUCCUACGACGCAACCGACAUGGAAGGCGGUCUCGUUAUACUCAUCCAGACAAAUUCCCUAGGUGACCUCAACACCACAAGCUUCAAUGGAGUCAAUGCUAUCCCUAGUCUUGUCCCGAGCGAUUUAAAACUAAUGUCACUGGCGGAUGCAGCAAACGCGUCACAGGUUGAACCAGGUGGGCUGGUGGCCAGCAGUACGUUGACUUUCGUAAAUGACCUGGAAUUGAUUCGGCAGUCCCAUGCCAUACAAAUCAAACACAUCAUGUCACUCUCCCAAAAAAUGGACCCCAGCAGCUUUAAAUUCCAGGUAUUUUAUCAGCCUAUCCCGACGAAUUUUGCUGAACAUGGACUACGAAAUGGUGGUAAUAUGAUGGGUCUAGAUCGUGUUACUUCCGAUGCUAUCAUGUGGACAGCUGGGAUGAGCGUCAGUCCUGGCCCUGAAGGGGAGGCAGCACUUGCAAUCGCACAUGCGCAAUUGGCAGCUCUGACUGCUGAGCUCAAAGAGUUGACGAUAGAGCACGGCAAGGAUGUGGAACUCAUUUACAUGAACUAUGCCGAUCUCAGUCAAAAUCCACUGGGCAGCUACGGGGCAGACAACGUGGCAUUCAUUAAGAAGGUUGCAAAUCAGUACGAUCCUAAGGGAUUUUGGCAGCAAAGAGCACCCGGGGGAUUCAAGAUUUCGAGAGUGGUCGAUUAG